GCCGGUCUAGUCCUGUGUCGAGCACUCAGCUGUAAAAGCGGAACACAAAAAGACAGAUGUGUCACUUGAUCUUAUGAAAACCAGACGUUUUACUUAUAUAAUAAAACUGACUGACUGCGUUGGACAAGAGGUUUUUGGCGUUUUGUUAACCAAGGAGUUACCUCAAGACAGAUUGUAAAUUAGGUAGUUAACAUGUUUUUUUAAUUUCCUGUAGAAGAUCCAAUACUCAUUUGAAGAGGCAAACCUAUAUGUCUUACUGCUUCAGUAUAGUAAAACAUCAGUGAUGUGUGCCUACUGUAUGUGGACGUACAGAAGCAAUCUGUCUUGAUUCAGUCGUAAGGAUUGGAUUAUUGCACUUUAAGGCGGCUUGGAUACAUCGUUUCUUGGCAGCAAGCAACUGUAUUUUUAUGUUUUUUAUUUUAUUUGUUUUGGCUGGAAAUUCCACGUUUUUGCACUUUUGGUUUUGGAAGUUUGUUCAACUUGAAGUCACCAUUUGCCUGAUAUUUAAAAUCGUUUAAUAUAAAGUGUCAUUUGAAUCGCCUAAGGGAUUCAAAACGUGUCGCGUUCACUUUUUGGUACACAGUCAACGUUGUAUAAAUGCGGUUUUUCAAGUUAAUUUUUUGAUGACACGGAUAAAGUUCAGUUUUGAACCUUACGUAUAUUUUAUAGGUAUUUAACUAUAUGUUUACACUAGUCACAUUACUGUAGCAUAUUUAUAUAUUUUCAUAUAGAGAUGCAUUAGGGUUUUUUAAAAUCGUGAAUUAUACAGCAGUUUAAAUUUCUCCCUUUCUGUGUGAAGAACUGCUGUUCGACGUUCCAAUCACGAAAUUCGAUUAAUUGUAAUCGAUUUCUAAUUGUAAUUCUGUACAAACAUCAGUUGAUGGGCACGGUUAUGAUUUUUACACUCGAGUAAAAUCUGCUCUAGAAGACAUCGGAUAUUCUCAGUUUUCGUUUUCUUCAACGGCGUGAAAAGGAUUUUAAAGCUUCCUCUGCGAUGACUUACUUUUCUCAGGCUGUGAUUUUGCUGCUACGUGGACUUGUGUUUUCUGCGGUAUUCGGAUUAGAGAGCAGGUACUCAAAUGAUCAGUCGAAUACUGCCAGCUCUGACGGCCAAAUCAUGGCCACAGACCCUUGCAAUACUGUGAUUCCGCCAUGCAUAGGCGACGCAGACAGGUUCAGUCUGGAGGCACUACGGCACAUUCACAAACAGCUGGAUGAUGACAAUGAUGGGGGCAUCGAGGUCAAUGAGAGUGUUGAGUUCAUUAUAGAAGACAUGAAGCAGCAGCAAACAAAUAAGCACAGUAACCUUCAUCGAGAGGACCAGCAUAUUACUGUGGAAGAGCUGUGGAAGGGCUGGAAGACAUCUGAAGUUCACAACUGGACAACAGAGGACACAGUCCUGUGGCUGAAGGAGUCUGUAGAACUGCCCCAAUAUGAGACAAAUUUUAGAGAGUUUAGAGUGAACGGGAACACUCUACCUCGAAUAGCUUCCAAUGAGCCUUCGUUCAUGACGUCCCAGCUGAAGAUCUUGGAUCAGCGACACAAGCAAAAGCUCAAUCUUAAAGCACUGGAUGCAGUUCUGUUUGGACCUCCGACACGUCCCCAACAUAACUGGCUGAAAGACCUCAUUCUGAUGGUCUCCAUUGUCAUUGGGGUUGGUGGCUGUUGGUUUGCAUACGUGCAAAACAAGUCCUCCAAGGUACACAUCUCACGGAUGAUGAAGGAUCUAGAGAGCUUGCAACAUGCUGAGCAAAGCCUAUUGGAGCUGCAGUGCCGCCUGGAAAAAGCCCAGGAAGAGAAGCGCACUGUUGCCGUGGAGAAGCAGAACCUGGAGCAGAAAAUGAGGGAUGAGAUAAAUGGGGCCAAAAGAGAAGCACACCGGCUAAGAGAGCUGCGAGAGGGGGCCGAGAAUGAGCUCAGUCGUCUCAAGUACGCCGAGGAGGAGCUCGUGCAGGUGCGCAUGGCCCUGAAGCGGGCGGAGAAAGAGCUGCAGGCAGAGUGGUCAGUUGCUGAAGCCCUCCAGAUGUGGCUGCAGCUUACACAUGAGGUGGAGGUGCAGUACUACAACAUCAAGAAGCAGAGUGCAGAGCUGCAGUUGACGGUGGCCAAGGAUGAGGCAGAGAAACUCAAGAAGAAGAGAGGCUCGGUAUUUGGGACCCUUCAUGUUGCCCACAACUCCUCCCUGGAUGAUGUGGACCACAAGAUCCUGGAGGCAAAAAAGGCUCUGUCAGAAGUCACGGCAUGCCUGAGGGAGCGGCUCCACCGAUGGCAACAGAUCGAGAAGUUGUGUGGUUUCCCUGUCGUGCACAACUCUGGCCUGUCCAACCUAACAGCGGCCCUUUACUCCGAUCACAGUUGGGUGGUGAUGCCCAGGGUCUCUGUGCCCCCCUACCCCAUUGCUGGUGGUGUGGAUGACCUUGAUGAAGACACACCACCAAUCAUUCCACAGUUUAACAACCCUCUGAUGAGGCCUCCACUGACUCGCAACAGCAGUCUGUGUCGCUCUCGCCGGAGCUUUCUGGGAUCCCCCCCUCCUGGUCUUCCCUCCCCUGACCCCGACCUUCUUUCCAUGGCCAGCAUCCCCCUCUCCCACCACUCCGAGGAAGCGGAGGAACAGAUCGUCUUCACAACAGAUAAGAAGGGGGAUACCCCCGAUACACACUCAGACUGUAACUCCAUCAGUUCCACUACAGGGUGGAGGCCAUUCCACCCUUCCUCUUCGGGUGGCCAGGACACUCCCAUGCGUAGGAUUUCCCGGGAGGAACACCUGUCCUUGGAGCUGGACUUGUCCACCAUGCCUGAUCGUCCCCUCAAAGGCUCUCCUGACCUUACUCGGAUCACGGAGCCCCCAGGUGCACCCUUAUGCCCUCUUGGCAAAGUAGUUUAUAAUGGCAUCCUGGAGAAGUCUUACAGCCUUGGCCAGCUUCCCAGUGCUCCACCAGCCCCGGGUGAACGUUUCAUGUCUGCCGCAUCACUGGACACUGAGCUGAAGGUGUCGAGGGAUGACAAACUGCAGAGACAGCCCUCCCAGGACUCCUCUGAGAAUGGUGACAAGCUGAAGAGAUCCUCCUCAAAGAUCAAAAGUUUAUUCAAGAAGAAAAAGUAAAGAGUAGCAUUUAGCCUUAAAUGGACAUGUCAACAAAAGCCAAAAUUUUUGCAAUUUACUAUUUUUUUUCUUCUUUCUUUUGGAAUGGAAUGUAGCUCAGUCUGGACCAUCCAGAUUAGAUGCCUUUGACUUUUUGUUCUCCCACAGUUAACAGCUGUCAAUGGUCAAGAGUCAUGCUAGCUGUCAGCUACACAACUGUGAAGACGGUGACCUGCUGUAUUCUGUCAUCAUUUUUCUGAAAACAGAAGCCACUUUUCUAAUGUAGGGAUUAAAAUGUAGUCUUUGAGCAUUAGAUGAGUUCCUGUAAAAGGAAGCUUACAAGCUUGUGUACUUGAUUAACUCCCUAUAAAAAUAAUUUUAUAAAAGUUUGUUGCACUACUGCUUUCAUGGCGAGGAAAGGAUGGCUGCUUAUGAAGUUCUCAAUUAGCAAUGAAACAAAAAUAUGAGUUUAUACAUAUAUGCUCAUGCAUAUGUGUGCACAGACAUAUAGAGAAAAAGAAUAUAAAACAUUCUUUGGGAGUGUUUUAAUUUAGCUUUUCUUGAUUGGUUGUACAAAGACAGAUUCAGAUUUCCCCAGCUCCCCAAACCUUUCAAACCCUCAUACUGUGCAUUCUACAGUCAAAGCCCCAGAUGUCGCUUGGGUUUGAUAUCACUGUGAUCCAGUUACACAAGAUAAUUUAUUAGGUAUUUACUGUGGUGAGGCCACCACAACAUUGUCAGAACACUUUGACAAUAACUCAAACAGCAAAUGGCCAUAGUUCUGUUAUCACAAGUGCAGUGUAGCAGACGCUGGCCGACAAGCAGACAAUUGUUUACGAGAUGUUAGGGUUUUGAACAUUUGGUGUGUGAAUCUUUGCAUACUGUAGAAUAAAUGAAAAAAAAAAUGGAGGCACUUUGCUCCCUGCUGUGAUUUUUUUUUUCAUGCCGUUUAAUACUCUUGAAGGGUGACUAUUUGCUAGUCAUACAUUGUCUUGGCCAGCGUAUUUGUUUUGUUCCUUAGUUAAUGGGUGUAAUAGGAAGUGGUUGUAUUUAAAGUAUUAAGAAUAAGAUAUUUAGCAACCGGAGUAGUUUACAUGAAAAUAAUGCAGCGGACCUUGUGCAUUUUGAUUUUGGAAUGGUUAGAUAGUGUUCUUGGAUGCUGUUUACCAUCUGGGUCUCUGUAGCUCUGGCUGCUGUAACUAUUUUUAUACUAAUUAAAAAGGUACUAUUUUAAGUCUGUAUUAUUUAAAUACAAAUUUGUUUACAUUAUUGCAUACAAAAAACAUGUAAUGAUACAUGUUGCUAAAAUCAAUUUGAUCACUGCAAAAUAUUUUUCUUUCCCUUUCAUAAGAUCACUUUAAAAAAAAUCUAAGCAAUUAUCUAUGUCAGCAAUAACAUCUAGUCACCAAGCCAUUAAAUUGUGCAAAAUCCUGCUCAUGUUUGAUAGAAAUGGAUGGUGUGCUGCUUUACAUUUAAGACAUUAGUAAGCUCCACAACUCAACAUAGCUGCCCUGGCCUUGCCUUAAUGCUACUUUUCAGUUCAUUCCUCAGAAGCUGUAUGGGGUUGAAAUCAGAGCUCACUGCAAUGAUGCGCUCUUCAGACCAAAAUACUUGUUAAUUUUGCAGCCACAACCAUUUUCAUAUAAACUGAGCGGUAUCCUGUGGCAUUUUGUACUUCAUCAUUGACACUAUGAGUAUCUGUAUUGAUUCAUUUAUAAAAAAUAACAGUAAUGACGUGACAAAGCUCCUUUGCACAAAUACCUAGUCAAUAUCUGUUUGUACUAAACUGGUCAAAAAAAUUAAGUUUUCAUUCUUCCAUAUGUAUUCAACAACUUUAAUAUUAAUUAAUUUAAAUAAAAACAAUAACAAUGUGUACUUGAAAAAUUAUGUUAUUCAUAUAUGAUCUAUAAUUGAAACUGACUUACUCCCAAUGCAAUUACUCCUAAUACAAAUAUUCAAUAAUUCAAACAGAAUAAAGAAAAUAAUUUAAAAAAUGAUUUAACUUGCCAGGUAAUAUACAUUUUCUAGUUCUAAUAGUAUAUUUUUAACAUGGGCAUAUUCAAAAUACAACUACUUAUUUAAAUGUUUUAUAUUGACAUGGAUCAACAAAGAUGUACCAUGUAUAAUGUAUGUACUUAUGUGUAUGUAUAUGCAUAUAUGUCCAGUACAUCUCAUUUGUUGAUCCUGUCUUUUUGUCAGCCUGGCUCAGCUAUCUGAUUUGUUUUGCCAAAUUCACUGAACUGCAAAGCAGUUUCUCUUUUUUUUCAUUGCAUAUAAGUCAUUACCCUUAAGGAUAACUGGGAUUUAGGUGCUCUGUUUUGGAUAACUGACUGAUCUCAUACCAUUCAAGCUUUUUAUCCUUUAGUUUUUCUCCUAUAAACAUAAUGUGAAGGAGACUUGAAAUUUCAGUGCAAAUGGUAUUUUGAAUAGUUGAAUAUUUGAUAUGUCAAUAUUUUAUUUAAUUUCCUAGGCUUUUACAAAUAUUUAAUAACUAGAAAAAUAUUUUCAAUUUGUUGACACUGAUGUGUCAUUUAUAGGAAUUGUUGUGCAGUUCUCUUCAUUUGCCUUGUAAAAACUCUCUACUUAUUUAUUAAACUUGAGAAGUCAAACACAUAAUUCAGAUAUCUGUUUAGCAUAUUUUCUGUGCAUACUACUAGUUCUGGCCAGUCAGAUAAAGGAAGUUUAUUCAGUAACAGAAAUAUUGAAACAUGUUUAUGAAGUACAUUAUGCAGUGUGUGUAUGAUUUUUGAGCUAGGAUCCCAGAUUCAGGCACUUCUGCACAGGCAAUUAUAUGAAAAUCCUCAGUGUCCAUACUCCAUGUGGUGAGACUACAGGAGAGGAAGGGGAUUCUUCUGAUCAGUGGUUGCUAGCAUGAUGCAAUUACUCUAUUUAAACCUGUUCUUUUGGUCAUUUUUACUGUAGGAGCUACAUACUGUGAGUCAGGGGUCAGAGGUCAUCACAAGACAGGCUGUGUUAGGUGUUCAUUUGUGGAGGUCAGCUGGCAGGAAGUGGGUUAUGGAGCUGGCCCACUAAAGGGAAUAAAUUUGGCCAAUUUAUAAUCCAACUCUGUCCUGUAGAUUUGAUAUAUUUACAUCAGGGAUGACCUGGUGAUGUGCCCUUUGACAUAAUGUGACAUUUUAGUCACUUGUCAUAUGUGUCACAAAAAAUGAGAAAGUAAAAAACAUUAUUAAACUGCAUUGCUGUUUAUGAA